ACUCGUACAUUACUAUAGUAAUUGAAAAUGAAGAUCCCAAGAUGGAUAUUUUUUUUUACAAUAAAAAAAAAUCUGUUUAGCAAAAGCGCCGACUUCAGGCAAAUCCCCCUAUUUUAACCCCACUACUCCGCUACCGACCCCACGUGUUCACUUCGGCCCCACGACUUCCGCAUAUUUGGUUCAAAAUCCGAAAUGGAAUGGUUAGGGCGAGAGACGACGAAGACUGCUGCUAUAUCCUUUCUCCUUGCAAUGCUCUCGAACCUCUUCUUCACUUCUUCUAUGCCUUCAUUCAUCUCAGGAAGCUUCUGAUUAUUGAGACUUGGAGGUCUCGCAUUCGCUGUUCAUCGCCUCUUCCGUACUUUCUCCUUGCUCGUGUUGCGGCUAGCUCGCCGGAGAACACCUUCAUUCCUUUACUUCGAAGCUACGAUAUGGUGAAGCCCUGGGGGAGAUGCAGUGAUUUUGUUGACAAUGGUUAUGCAGUUCCUAAAUCUCGGCCUGAGUUCAAGCGCCGGAAGUGUGGUGGAUUCCGAAAACCUCUGGACCGGCACGCCUUCUUAGAUGGAAACCUUGACCAGACUGCUCGACGUCCUACGGAAACAAAGACGUAUAGGUCCAGGAACUUUAGUGUACCGCGGAGAGAAUUGAAAGCUAAUGAGCAGAAAUUGGCAUUGGAGGAAAAAUCAAGUUAUGUGACUGAAACUGGAGUUCGUCCAAAGCGCGGUGUAUGCGGAUGGCAUCCUUCUUUGGGCCGUAGGGAAUUUUUCUUGCAUGAUGAUGAUUCCCGUCAGAAAUCUUUGGUUGAAAAUGAUGAAGCAUCUCCCAGAGCUAAGGCUGGGCUGGAAGUGCCGAAGAGAACCUUGCAGCACGAUGCUCUUGAGAGACCCACAAAUUAUAAGGGUGUUCCUCUCAAACAGUUUCAACAUGCAUUUACCCCUUUAAUUGAUGAAAUAAAAUCUCAAGGUUCAGAUGACUCCAAGAGUUAUGGAACUUCAAGUGUUGCUGAGCUGAAAAUGACACAUGGAGCUAAAUCAGAUGAUGUGGUGACAAGGGAUUCUGUUGAUGCUGAAUGUGUUUGUUCACGGACUGGAAAGGACGAUUCUUCUUCUCUUUCUUCUUUUGAAAACAAUUCUACUGUUGUGAAUCCUAGCAGUCAAGCUACAAAUGGUGAAGAGGAGUUUCAGUUUGGUGAUAAGAUUGUAAUCCUGAAUACGCCAAGAACAGUCCGGGUACCAUCAGAUCACAAUGUUGAUGAUGAGCAUCACCGUUUAUUCUACUAUUUUGCUGAUAAUUCACAUAUUCAGGAAUUGGAAAUGGCAAGAGAUCUCAUAUAUCUUGUUUCUGAUCUAUACAAUGUGGAUGACUCUCGAAGACGUGUCAAGGAGGCCAUAAAUCUUUUCCGGGAUGUGCACUCCACACAUUCUAAAGCAUAUGACACAGAGAAGUUAACGGCAGCAAUGGCUCUCAAGUCUGAGAAAAAAUGGGUCAAUUCUGAAAAGUGCUUUGUUGGGCAUGUUCCUGGAAUAGAGAUUGGUGACGAAUUCGGGCUCAGAGCUGAACUUGCUAUCGUUGGCCUUCAUCACGAAUUUGUAUGUGGCAUAGAUUUCGUGAGGAUCCCAUGGCGUAAGUCGGAGACCUAUGCUGUCAGCAUUGUGGAUUCGGGUCGUUACGAAAACCAGCAGACAUCUCCAAACACUUUUGAAUACGUCGGCCAUGGUGGAAAUCCAAGAAUUGAUGGGAAAAAACCCAAGGAUCAAAGGAUGGUUUCUGGCAAUCUUGCCCUGAAAAACAACAGGGACAAAUGUCUACCCGUAAGGGUCAUCCGUGGGACGAGUGAGACGAGUGGUACCAAGGCAUACAUUUAUGAGGGCCUGUAUUUCGUGACGAAGUGCUGGGAGGAGAGAUCUGAACAUGGCAAAAUGGUAUUCAAGUACCAACUGCAAAGAGCCUCACCCCAACCAACACCACCAAGUUUUGCUCAGCAGUUGAAAAUUCCUCACAGGUCAUCAUCUUCAGAGUCCAGAGAUGUCAGCUGCGCACUCACCGUGGUUAAUGACAUAUCUCAAGGCAAGGAGAAAUCACCCAUACGGGUCUUAAGUGACUUAUACGCCGAGACACCGCGACCUUUCAAAUACACAAAGAUAAUGCUAUACCCUCAUUGGUACCGCCGUUUGGCCCCACCAGGCUGCGACUGCACGAACGGAUGCUCUGAUUCCAUACAUUGCUAUUGCGCGUACAAGAACGGAGGCAAGACCCCAUUCAACAGCCAAGGAUCUAUCACGGUUACUACUCCGAUCAUCUACGAGUGUGGGCCAUCCUGCAAAUGCCCACCCUCCUGUCCAAACAGAGUUACCCAAAGGGGUCUCCGGUACCACCUGGAGAUCUUCAGGAAAGUAGAUGGGGGAUGGGGGGUGAGGUCUCGGAACUUCAUCUCAGCCGGGAGCUUCGUCUGCGAGUUUGUGGGAGAGCUGCUCAAAGACGACAGCCAGAAACCAGAAGAGCCCGACAACGGCGAAGGGUUCGUUCACGGAAUUGGCGGGAGUGGUUUCAAGAUCGACGCGCAACGAUGGGGGAACGUGGCGAGAUUCAUCAACCGCGGGCCCUCGCCGAAUCUCUACGUACAGAAGAGCCCGACAACGGCGAAGGGUUCGUUCACGGAAUUGGCGGGAGUGGUUUCAAGAUCGACGCGCAACGAUGGGGGAACGUGGCGAGAUUCAUCAACCGCGGGCCCUCGCCGAAUCUCUACGUACAGAAUGUCGUAUACGACGACGAUUACGAAAGGGUCCCUCAUGUGACGUUCUUCUCCUCCCAGAACAUUACGCCCUUGCGGGAACUCAUCCGCCCAGUUUGAAGUCCCCACGCUGAGCUCUUAAAAGCUUACAUACAUACGCAGUACCAUAUUAACAGGUUUCUGCUCUGAAUAGUAUUAGACUAUAUAUAGAGUCAGUCAGUUUCCACUGGGUCUGAACU